AUGUUAAAACGUAUAAAAGUACAUGAUCAGCAUGAAGGUGAAAUUUUCGUUCAAAAGAAGAGGCAUACUCCAUCAAAUAUGCCUAUGAUCGUAUCUAACAUGAUUUCUGAUGAUAUGCCAGAUCAACAUUCAGAAUUCUUUACUCAUUUAAGUUAUUUUGCUAUUUCUACUAUUGAUAUUGAUGGUAGACCCUGGGCAACAAUUAUUGUUGGUUCACCUACAACACUUAUUCGUGCUAUAUCAGAAAUGGAAUUAAAUAUUUCUGCUGUUCUACCAAAAGAUGAUCCAUUUUUAUCCAGUAUAAUAAAUACAGUUAAUUCACCUUAUCGUUCUUUUGCUGGUAUUGGUGUAGAUUUUAGUAAUCGUCGAAGAAAUAAAGUAGCUGGAUUUAUUGCAACAUCCAAUAUUGUCAAUGAUACACUUAAUAUGUCUUUAUUAACCAAUGAAAAUGUAGGCAAUUGUCCAAAAUAUAUUACAAUUAGGAAAUUAGAAUAUUGCAAAAGAAAUCCACAAAUAGCAGCUGAUUAUCGAAAGACAGAUAGAAUUUCUUUCAAUCAAGAAUGUUUAGAUAUUAUUAAUCAAGCUAGCACCAUCUUUCUAGCUACUCGACAUACGAGUACAAUGUCCGAUAAUACUUCUGAUCUUGGCAUAAAUCAUCGUGGUGGAUAUCCUGGCUUUGUUCGAACUUAUGAAGAAAAUGGACAUACAUAUAUUGUUAUUCCAGAUUAUUCAGGAAAUCGAUUCUAUCAAUCUCUUGGAAAUAUUGAAACUGAUCGAGUUGCUGGUAUUGUAUUUCCUUGUUUUACAUCGGGUGAUAUGCUUCAUGUAACUGGUAUUGCUGAAAAUAUUUAUGAUGAUGAAGCUGAAUGUAUUAUGCCUCGUAUAACUUUAUUAACUAGAAUUAAAUUAACUGGAUAUGUAUGGAUUAAAGAAGGUCUUAAUUUGAAAUUAAUUGGUCCUGAACAAUAUUCUCCAUAUAAUCCACCAAUUCGUUAUCUUGCUAUAGAACUUGAAAAAAUGGGUAAACCUUCAACAGUAUCUACUAGAAAUGCUAAACUAAUAGAAAUCAAAAAAUUAACAAAACUUAUUUCAAGAUUUACAUUUGAAUUAGAAGAGAAAGUUUCAUUUAAACCCGGUGGAUAUGUUAUUUUGGAUUUUGCACAUUUAAUUCCACAAACAUAUCAACAUAUGAACAAUAAUAAUCCUCAAUCACUCAAUGAUGAUUAUAUUCGAACAUGGACUAUUUCUUCAUCUCCUCCAUUUAAUUCAAAUACUAAUACAUUCGAUGCUACAAAUCAAAUAUCAUGUACGAUUAAACAUUUACCCAAAGGUAUGAUAUCCUCUUUAUUACAUUCUCAAUCCAAUGAUCAAAAAUCACCACUCAGUUGCAAAUUUCUUGGUGUAGGAGGAGAAUUUACAUGUUUUGAUAAUACAAAUCAGACUUCUCAAAAACUUUUAUUUAUUGCGGCUGGUAUUGGUAUUACACCACUCUUAGCUAUGUUUGAAGCUCUAUCUCAAACGAAGCAAAAGACUGAUAUUGUUGUUUUAUUUUCUGGCCGUGGUGAUGAAAUAGAUUUACUCAAAGAUUUUAUUUCAUCUCCACUUGUUUCAAGUAUAACCAUGUUCGAUUCUACUGGUGCUAAUACAUCUAAAUCUUUUCAAGUGUUCAAUAGACGAAUUCAAUGCGAUGAUUUUCUAAAUGUUUCAGAUUUGAUGAAUAGACAAGUUUAUCUUUGUGGACCUACUCAAUUUAUGGUUGAUAUUACUUCAUGGUUAAAUCAAACUGGUUUAAAAUCAGAUCAAAUCAAGACGGAAUCAUUCUUCUUUUAA